AUGGCUGAAGAGGCGCCUGUCGCUGUUUCUGCGGCCGGCGAGAAGGCGCCGGCAAAGAAGGCGAAGAAAGCGGCGGCUAAGCCGAGGAAGCCGGCGGGGGGCCCGAGCGUGACGGAGCUGCUGACCCAGGCGGUGACGGCCUCCAAGGAGCGCAGCGGCGUCUCGCUGGCCGCUCUGAAGAAGUCGCUGGCGGCCGCCGGCUACGACGUGGAGAGGAACAACAGCCGCAUCAAGCUGGGCCUCAAGAGCCUGGUGACCAAAGGCACGCUGCUGCAGACCAAAGGCACGGGAGCCUCGGGCUCCUUCAAGCUCAACAAGAAGCAGGCCGAGGCCAAGGACAAGGCGGCGGCGGCGGCGGCCAAGAAGAAGCAGGCUCCCGCCGGGGCGGCCAAGAGCAGCAAGAAGCUCCCCGUCAAGAAGCCGACCAGCGCCGUCAAGAAAGUGGCCGCGGUCAAGGGGAUUCCGAAGGUUAAAGUGACCAAGCCUAAGAAGGCGGCCAAGAGCCCGGCCAAAGUUGGCAAACCUCAAGCGAAAGCCAGGCCGAAGGCUGCCAAAGGGAAGCGUCUCCCCAAGAAGAAGUGA